AUGUCGGGGCUUAACUUAACCUUCUCUUGGUUGCAGUGUGGUGACCCGUUCAAAGAAGAAAACCUUGUAGUCCUCAACGGGACCAAGGAAGAGGUGGAGAAACUGAGGGAGAAAAUGGAGGAGAAGAGAGCCAAGGCCAAGGCAACAAAGGUACACAUUCGUAGAGUUUUCUAAUAACAUUUUUAAACAUGCAUGAUGCGUUGAUGUCAAAGUGAAAAUUGUAUUUACUGUAAGUGGAAGUAAGGAUUCGCCCCUUACUGGUUAUGUCAGUUACCUGGAAAUUCUGUAACAUUUACCACGUUUCCAUCCAACCAUUUCAUGGGGAUGAAUUACCUGACGCAUUCAAGAAUAUUUGCAUGAAAGUCUGUCGCCAAUUGGAUGGAAACCUAGCUAUUGAUCUUUGUUUUUGUAGAAAUCAACGAAGAGCAAAGUUGCUGAGACUGUUGCCAAGCAGUCUGACUCAAAAGGUAGGAAGUGACAAUGAUGGUUGAUAAAUAUCAUAUUUGGGUUUUGUAUACACACAGGCAGAAAUUAGUACAACUGGUUUGCAGAAUGAAUUACAGUUUUGCUUUUCCACAUUGAUAUUGCCCCCUGCCUAGCUCAGUUGCCACCCACUUAAAAUAAUUUGGACUUUCAAUGGAAGCUGUUUUCUAGUGACAUUUAUUUAGAUACAUCCAUAACAAUGAGCUAAUGAUGCACGAUUUCGCCUGGCGUAGAAAAUGUGCUCUCGUCAGGACACUGUUGUUCAGAGGAGCUAGCCAACAACACAGCUACCACAAUCACUUCAAACUGAAGCUGGAAUGACAGCAAACUAGCUGCACUUCGUUUCGUUUGACCUGUUUUCUAUUGAUAGUUAUUUGUAUAUAUCCAUAAAAAUUAUGCUGAUUCAUGAUUUCGAUUGGCUAAGAAAAGCUGCCUGCCGGUCUGUCUCAUCCCGACUCCCGACACGUUCAUUACUAUGGGACAGCUGGAGAUCGAAUUUGAAUAUUGAAACAAUGUUGCAAAUGUCAUAGAGACAGACAGCAAAGUUUAUACAAAUCUCCGCUGUUGAAAACUAAAUGUUAGUCUAAAAGAAAUGUGAGAUAAUGUCUAGAUGCUUUUUAUAGUGGACAUCAAGUUUAUAAAUUGCCUGGCUGGGCUGAUGAGACAGUGGAUUGCGCAGUCAGAUGGAACCGAGUAAAUAGGCAUUUUAACGUCAGAUUUAGCCGGUGGUAACUUGUGGAAUAGACACCUGCUGGAAUGCGGUUUUAGCACAGUGUCAGCACAAAGGUCCAUGUUAGCCUUUAUACAACGGGUGGGUCUAAUGCUGAUUGGUUAAAACCGCAUUCCAGCCGGUGUCUAUUCCACAAGUUACCAUCCUCCAAACACCGGCUUCUCGGGCAUUGUCACUUAAAUAUUGCUCUCAAACUAACCUAUAACUUCAAUGAAAACAUUUAUUGAUUUACAUUUUAGUCAUUUAGCAGACGCUCUUAUCCAGAGUGAGUGCAUACAUUUUUUAAAUAUAUUUUUUUCAUACUGGUCCCCCGUGGGAAAUGAACCCACAACCCUGGCGUUGCAAACGCCAUGCUCUACCAAAUGAGCUACACGGGACUAGGUAGAUGUUCAUCAGGUCAAACUGAGUUUUUGUAAUGGUUAAAGACCCACUCCAACCUACUUUGAUUAGCUUUUGGAACAUAUGAUGCCAAUGUUCAAUGUAUUCAUAUUCACACUAUUGUCAAAGAUUGUACCUCUCUUUUCAUACACAGACGGGAGCUUCAUGAAAUGUUUCGGAAACAUUCUGUUUUUCUCCCAAAAAUGCCAGUGUUUUGGAUGUUUGUUAAAACUUUCUUUGUUCCUAUAUAGAAAAUCCAGAGUCCACUGAAACCGUUUCUGCAGAGGGCAAAACUUCAACACAAAAUGGUGGAGACAGCAGCCAGCCAGGUAUUUGUGGUUUAUUUUAGUAGGGAGAGAUACAAACACAUGAAAUGGAUACUUGGGGAUUUUGAGGCCCUUUAUCUACUUCGCCAGAGUCAGAUGAACUCAUGGAUACCAUUUAUGUCUCUGCAUCCAGUAUGAAGGAAGUUAGAGGUAGUUUCACCAGCCAAUGCUAACUAGCGUUAGCACAAUGACGAAGUCUAUGGUAUCUACUAGCUUGCUAGCAGUUACCAUAGACUACCAGUCAUUGCGCUAAUGCUAGUUAGCAGUUGCGCUAACGCUAGUUAGCAUAUUCCUUCUUACUGCACGCAGACAUAAAAAUGGUAUGCAUGAGUUCAUCGGACUCUGGGGAAGUAGAUAAAGGGCUUUAUUGCCAAAAUCCUGAAGCAUCCCUUUAACACUUUGAACAAAGUCAUCUGAAUCAGUGCACCAUAGUGUGUUGCUUGCGCUAAUUUUCAACACCCUUUCUUAGAUAUUGCCUUUCAGACACUAUAACCUCACCUUAUAGUUCAUAACUCAGCAGCAUGAUGUUUCUAACCCUAUAACUGCUAUUGUUCCAUUGAACAAGGCACUAAACCCCUGUGUGUGUGUGUGUGUGUGUGUGUGUGUAUUUGGGGGGAUUGAGAUAGGCAGAAGACCAAUUUCCGUUUGGCACAAAAAAAGUAUAUUUUAUUUUAUCCUACACAAUCGUCAUUAAUGGUAAUGAUGUCUUCUCCCCCUAGCACUCCCUGGACCCCCUGGUUCUUCCAGCUCCUCCAAGGUGGUUACACCCUUGGCGGCAACCGGGAGCAAGCGGUCCAUCCAGACCAUGGAAGAGAAGUCGGAGACCUACAAAUCUCUCUUCACCAGCCACAGUUCAGCCAAACGCACCAAAGCCCAGACCUCCAACUGGGUCACCCACACCCCCUACCAUUUCUAA